CUAGGUUAUACGUGCAGGCGGGGAAUUGCAUUGUGUCAGCUUAGUGUUGGAAAAUCAUGAGUAUCCUCGCACACAAUGGGUCUGCUGUUAUAGGGAUGGCUGGUAAAGACUGUGCGGCCAUUGCAUGUGACCUCCGUUUUGGUGUCAAUUUGCAAACAAUUUCAUGUGAUUUCACAAAAGUAUAUCCUCUUGGCCCGAGAUUGUAUGUGGGAUUUCCAGGCCUAGCCACGGAUAAUCAAACAGUAUUUCAACGCCUGCAGUUUCGCAAAAACAUGUACGAGUUGCGAGAAAAUCGAACCAUCAAACCUCAAACGAUCACUACUAUGCUGUCAAACUUGUUAUAUGAACGCAGGUUCGGCCCAUACUUUGUGGAACCAGUAGUUGCUGGCAUUGACCAUACUACAAACAAACCGUAUAUUGCAUCAAUGGAUUUAAUUGGUUGCAUACUUGAAGCAGAUGAUUUCGUUGUCAGUGGCACAUGUACAGAUCAGAUGUACGGGAUGUGUGAAACACUUUGGGAAAAAGACAUGAAUUCAAAGGAGCUGUUCGAAUGCAUUUCACAAUGUAUUUUGAAUGCUCUUAAUCGUGAUGCUGUAUCUGGUUGGGGUGCUCGAGUUUAUAUGAUAGAAAAAGAGGCCGUCACCAUUUCCGACUUAAAGAUGCGUAUGGACUGAAGAAUUGUUCAAAUAAAUUUUUUUCACUGUUAAUCACUCUUUCUUUCUACUACAAUGGGGCUACUUACCCAUAUUUCAUAUAUGUACUAAUCCAUAUACAUUCUUAAACCACCAACUGUUUGCUGUAUGCAUAGUCUGAUGGGAAUAAGUCAUAUAUGGGCACCCUGGUAA